GAUGGAUUUCAGCUCUCCUUUGACUCUGCUCUGCUUGCUGGUGAUAAUAACUGUUACUCAAGGCUCUGCCAUCUGGACUGGUGCGCUCAGCGGCGACUCAGCAGUCUUUUCUUUGGAAAUCCAAAGCCUGCAGAACUUCUCCAGCAUGAGCAAGGAGGAUAAGAAAUGCUCUACAACUGUCCUAAAUGAUACCUUGUUGGCCAAGUGUGGCACUUCUGCUAGUAGAUGGCUGAACUUAGAGAAUGGCUCCCUGGUGCUGAGGAGUGUGGAGAAAGACGAUGAAGGAAAAUACGGAUUUGUUUUUCAGAACACCGCCAGAAAUUUUACACUGGAAGUAUUUGAGCCGACCAUUGGUAUCCAGUGCUUCCCUGAUGGAACUGCGGAGCUGUCCUGCAACGUGGCCAGCAAUGAGAUCCUGGUCUUUAGGUGGCUCCUCAAUGGCACCCACCUGAAAGCUGAGGGGGCUUGCAUUAAGGAUGCUGGGAAGAAGGUUCACCUGGGCAAAACUGAGCCUGGGGAGUUUGUGUGUGAGAUUUUGAAGGGGAACAGUGUCACGAGGACCAGGCCCAUUUCGCUGUCUUGCAGCUAUGACCUGCUGCGGUACCCGGGGUUCAUUUACAUCCUGGCAGGCUGUGCAGCGGGUGUGCUUAUCCUGCUGGUGGCUUUGCCUGCAGCCAUAUGUUGCUGCAUGAAGAAGAGGAGACACAAGUUCAUCCCAGUGCCUUCAGAGGAGGAGAAGGAUGAUGGGUUAACAAUGUCAGUGGUGUCUGGCGAAGGCACGAAGAGCCCCCCCAAUGGAGACCGUGUGGAGGCUCAGGCUGCCCAGAGUGACCGUCCUGCCAAGCCUGAUGCUGCCCAGAUUGGUCAAGGUGUUGAGCCCCAGCCAGUGGCAGAAGAAAACUUAGCAGUGCAGAUAGAAGCUGAGGAAAUGCCAGCUGCUGAGGUCCUAGUUGAUAUGGAAAGCCAGGAAGAUGCCUCAGACUGUUUCCCAGAUCCAACUGAUGACUGAUCUGACAUGCUUGCUGUUCCACCCUGAAGCCUGUGACACUCGUCCUUUGCAUCCCAUAGUCUCACUGUGUCUGGAAAAUUUUAGCAGGGGAAAGAAGUGAGGUGUCAGACCUUCUGACCUCAUUUUAAAAGAAAAAAGAGAAUCCAGAGAAAAGCACACACAUGGCUUCAAGGCCUGACAGGUUCACCAACAAACAAAAGGGGCAGCUCUGUGAUGCUCUGCCUGAUAACAGAGCUGCAGCCAAACUGAGGAGCCCGGGGACAGCCUGGGAUGAGAGGGCUCCUCCUGCUCCCUGCCCACCCCAUGCCUUGCCUGCCUUUGCCAGCCAGGGGCAGGCACUGCAGGCAGGUUGAGGUGCCUGCCAGUGCCAGGCAGAAGCCAAGGGCUUGCCAGAAGUUUCCUGAGAAAGCCUCUUCUCGGGAGACUUCAGGGCAGUUUUUUCCCAGGCCCUGCCAAGGAAACUCAAAGGAGGUCUCAGCUGGGUA